AUGAGCCGGUCCUCGGGCCGCAGCGGCUCCAGGGACCCCUCAGGUGCUCACGCCUGGGUGCGUCAGACGCCGUCUCCGCAGCCGCCGCUGCCUCCCCGGUCCCGGGGAGGCGGAGGGGGGUCCCCAGGGGGCGCCCGGGCCUCGCCCACCACGCAGCCGCCGCGGCUCCUGCCGCCCUCGGCCACGGGUCCCGACGCGACAGUGGGCGGUCCAGCGCCCACCCCACUCUGCCCCCCUCAGCCACAG